CGUCCCGUGAGAAUUUAUUGUGAUGGCAUUUAUGAUAUGUUCCACUUUGGUCAUGCAAAAGCGUUGGAACAGGCCAAAAAGGCAUUUCCGAACGUUCAUCUUCUUGUUGGAAUUUGUAGUGAUAUCGAGACUCACAAGCGCAAAGGAAAAACAGUAAUGACAGAUGUGGAACGAUAUGAGUCUGUGCGUCACUGUAAAUGGGUUGAUGAAGUCGUAGAGGAUGCACCUUGGGUCAUCACACAAGAAUUCCUCGACGAGCAUCACAUUGACUAUGUCUCACAUGAUGCCGAGCCAUAUGUUUCAUUAGAAUCCGGAGAUGUUUAUUGUUUUGUCAAAACCCAAGGAAAGUUCUUACCCACACGACGCACGGACGGUAUCUCGACAUCGGAUCUUAUCACACGCAUCGUCAGAGAUUAUGACGCCUAUCUUCGUCGUAAUCUUGAACGUGGCGUGAGUGCAAAAGAGCUCAAUAUAUCAUUUAUAAAG